AUGUCUCAUUUACCACCGAAACCCGACUUUGGAAGUGGCUCUCCAGGAAAAUACCCGCCUGACUACCGACAUUACGCACGUCCGCCUCCGGCAGACCGCUACCGCCCCGAACGAGACGUCUAUCCUCCUCGAUCGCCACCACCUCGCUCCCGCUAUGCCAGCGAUUCCUACGUGGCGGCGCGUCACGUCGACAGCUAUAGGGCACCACGGCCCCCUGUAGACUCCUACGUCGCAUCAUCGUACGAGCGGAGGGAAGACGACAGGUAUGUUGAGUACUGGGAGCGCGAGCGGGACUGGCGUGCGCGAGAUUUGCCUUCUCACGACGCGCGGCGAGUAGCAUGGGAGAGGGAGCAUGAUCGCCUGAGGCGGUGGGAGACGCGUGGUGCGUACGAGCGCGAGCGGAGAGAGUACAGUCCCCCGCGCUAUCACGACUAUCGAGAAGAGGGCUGGCGACAUGCACGAGAGAGACCGCGUGAGGAGUUCACAGAGCGAGUGUGGAUUCCACGUAAAUCCAAGUCACCUCCUCGACGCAUAGGCCGCCCUCGACGUUCAGCUUCGCCUGCCUCCGCGCGUGGUCGUUCACCAAGAUCGAUGUCGCCGAGAGCACGACCGCGCAGUCCUCAAGCUCGAUGGCACAGCAGACCACCGAGCUCUGGGCCGUCUGCCUGGCACGGACAGUCUCGCGCGACGUCUCCUGCGCCGGAAGUGAAGCUGGGAAACCACUCAAAAUCUGCGAGUCCUCGUCGCUCAGAACGUGACAUAAAAUCUGGGGUCGUCACUCCUCGUAACGCUUCGCCUACCCGUGGUGGCCGUAGUCGCAAGAACAGCAGAAGCAGAAGCGCGGAGAGAGGUAGGAGUAGGAGUGCCGGCAGACGAAGUCCCUCCAUUAAGCAGGAAGCUCAUCUUUCCCACUCUUUAUCACCGCCGUCCCACACCAACAGUCCUGUGCACACUGUUUCGCGAAGGGCCUCCCCUAUCCCUCAGACUCCCCGCCGUAAAAGCCCAGUGUUUUCUCCUGCCAGCCCGGAGAGGAAGUCGAUCAUUCCAUCUCCAUAUCCUGUGAAGCCCGAGACCAUGGAGGGACCCACUUCUACGCCAUGGCCGUCACGCGCAGAAGAGAAAGGAAAGAUGCGACAAAAAAUGGAGCUUCUCAACACCGACGAUGAUGUCAAGAUGCAGGACCUCCUAUCACCCUUCACAGAAGCUGGUUCGUCACCUAUGAAGCCAGAACACAGAGAAGUGAGUGCAUCUCCUGCGAUACCCAGGGAAGCUAGAGACGCUGUCCCGUCACCCACGAAGCCGAGACGCGAAGACGAUGGGCCUCCGCCAAGACGAAGGCGUUCACGCUCUCCGCCUGCAGGACCGCGCAAUUACGUGAAGACGCCUCCCACACCUUCAUCCCCGCAUCCGAUCCACGGGCUACCUCCCAGGCCGAGCUGGUCUCGUCGCGGUCCUGGGCAUCCCGGAACGAUGCUCUGCCCGGGGCAAGGAGGGUACGCUGCGGAGCCGCAGUCAGCACCGCCUUCCGCGCCCCCAUCGAAGCCGAGAAGGAGCUUCAAAGCAAAGCUCGAGGAAGAGACCCGGAACGUUCAUGCCGAGGGCGUUCGACUCGCUGCGGAGUAUGAGGCCCAUUCUAAGGCGGUGAAGAGGGCUUUGCACGAGUUGGAGAUGGCAAGCAUGGACUUGGAGCUCGCAGAGCGACGUCGGGCGGUCGCCGAUGCGCAGCUGGAGAAGGCGCGUAUUGGACAACUUGGCAUUGAAUAUCAUCCUCGCCCCCAGGAACAGAACACCGCCUCGGCUUGA